CUUCUCCAUAAAUUCUUGUCGCCGAACCUCACUUCUCUCGUGCUCAAACAACAAACAAAUCACUCAGCUCUUCCUCAACUUCAUCUCGUCAACCUCGAUCCCUUUUCAAACUACCUCCACUACCAAACAACUAUAGCAAAAAUGUCUGAGGACUGGGAUUCCGCUACCAAGAUCGGCUCUCGUGCCCGUGGCCCUGGUGCCGGUCAGCGAGAGACCGUUGUUCGAGGCAAGGCCGCUCUCAACGCUGCUCAGCGAGUUGGUGGCCUUACCACUGAGAAGAAGUACGCUUCUGCCAACGCCGGCUCCGCACCCGAGGGUCAGCGCAUGACCAAGGUCGACCGUUCAGACGACAUCAUCAAGCCCAACACCAUUGGCAAGACCGUUGGCGAUGUCAUCUCCAAGACCCGGCAGCAGAUUGAGCCCAAGAUGACACAAAAGGACCUCGCCACACGCUGCAACACCACCCAGUCUAUCGUCGCCGACUUUGAGCGAGGCACCGCCACCCCCGACCAGAAGGUGCUCGGUGCCAUGGAGCGUGUGCUCAACGUCAAGCUACGCGGCAGUGACAUUGGCGCCCCCAAGUUCCCCAACAAGAAGAAGUGAACGGGGUGACCUGGACGGGUAAAGAUUUGUAAGAGGGCUUCAGGGCCGAGUCGAGCGUUAGCGAAUGAUAUCUUGGCUGGGAAAUCCGGGAGUUUCGUGUGGGCAGUCACGAUGUUUUUAUGACAUGGGUGCAUGAGACUUUUUCUAUUUAAUCACGAGCAUUCAGGAUUUGACGGCAGGACGAAAAAAAGGACUCUGACGGGAACGUCGAGUUUUUAGUUCUUGAGAAACAGGACGGUCUAGAUGGGACGUCCACCUGAAUACAUCAUCUCUCGUGCAUCACGGAGACCUCGAGAGCUCUCAAC